GGCAACCCUAAUAUGCCGGGAAGGAAGUUGUUUACAUGUGCCAAAAACAGGGCAAACACUGCAAAAUUGCAACCAAACAAAGAAGGUCCUUUGGAAUUUUCAGCCAGUUUUGCGCUCUUAAUUUGCAACGAAAUAUUGAAUUGUAUAAAAAUUAACAAAUGCGUGACCUAUUCAAGACUUUGGAAAAAUUGAAAAGUGAAACAGUUAUGGAAUAUUGUGAAGAAUUCAAUGGCAUUAAAUCAGUGCUGGAACAUUGUAACAAACAUGUAAAACCGUUCAAUAAGGUCUAUUUUCGAGGAGGGAAUGAGGCAUUUAUCAAUGAAUUGGUGAGACGCCUGCAAGACUACCUAAGCGAGGCGGGAUUGGUGGAUAAGGAAACUAAAAAACCUUUGCCAGAAAAAUCUCAUAUUCUAAGGAAAAUUUUAAUGUUCUUAAUGUUCAACACAGAUGCCACUUACAAAUAUGAUUUGCGGAGUGACCAAAACAUUGUCCACGUCCUGGAGAUAUGCCCAUUGUUGCCGAAAUUUAUGCUAGUUACCUUGGUGUGGGAGUUACAUUUCGAUCGAUAUUUUAAUGAAAUGCUAUCGUAUUCUCCUUGUUGGUUCUCAUUUCAAUAUUUUGAGCCAGCCACCGAUUCUCUCAAAUAUAUCGAUGAUGCUUUUGAGGUUCUCGCGAAGGUAGAACAACUUUUGAAAGCCAUAUUUAUUUCAAUAACACGCUCGGAACUAAGGAUAAUGGAUAGUGUGGAUAAACGUAUUAUCUAUAACAAACUUUAUGAUUAUGCCAUGAAUUUGCUACGUUUGUUUUACACACCUGAUGCUGAAAAGUUUUCCAAUUUCAGUAAGAAAAAAAUGUAUAAAUAUUCCGGCUUUGCUUUGAAGCAUUUGCUGGAAAUGGUCUUGUACGCCUUUGAUGUCUAUGAGAAUGCAGACUUGGCCAAUCCCUUAGAAAAUUGGCCGGAAUAUGAUAUUUGCCAACAGCCGUGUAAAAAAGAAAAUGGCAAUGUCUCUACGGCUCAGAGCAAAGAGUUGAAAGAGCAACAGAUGAAAAUUAUAACAGCUUUACUCAAUGCCCUACAGAACAAUGUGCUUUUGGUGAAAAUUGAUAUAUUCAUAUACUGGGUUGAAAUCGAUUUGAAUGAAAAACAAACCCUCCAGGAAGUUGUGGGUGAAAUGGCCUAUCGUGUGGGCGAGAGAAUGUUGAAAAAUCCGGCAUUUGGUCACGAUGUCCAACAGCAAUUAAAGGUCAUAGAAAUACGUCCUCGAACUUUGGAGGAAACGGUACAAGAAGCUCGCAUAGGAGAUAUAUUAAAUGCCCUCGAUGAUAAAUCGCUGGAAUAUAAAGUGAGACGCGCCUGGUUCAAUGAGCUAAUCAAUCGCACCGUUGUGGCCCUGGGUAACGACGAAUGUUUGCUAGCCAUAAAACAAAACAUCAAACUAAUGAAUGUUGAGCAUUGCAAACAAGUCUUGGAUUUUAUAAAACUUGAAAUUAUUCGCAAUCACAAUGAGGAUUUAAAUGAUUCGCAUAUUGAUACCAAACCGAAUAUAGAAAAUAUGGAUAUAGAUCCGGAAGAUUAUGAGGAACUAUCCGAAUUGGUUCUACUGGCCAUGGAGAAUUUCAAUGAAGAUCAAAUCUUAGAUGUCCUCAAUUAUCAAUGUAAAUUGUUUGGCUAUGAAUCAACCUUGUUUGCCCGUUCGGAUGUUGCCAAUCGCAGUACGGAGUUCUUUAAUAAAUGUGAUACAGAUGCCAAUGAAUUUGAUCUGCAACAAUUUCUACUCUUAACCUUCGAACAAGCCCAGCUGGUAUGGCAAAAUUUCUUUGAAUGUGCCUGUCACAAUUUGCAGCACAUCGAGAGCUAUUGCAAGGCAGUAAAGCGUUGUCGUCCAUUGUCGAACAGUUAUUUUAGACCACAGCUAAUGGCGGCCUUCAACGACUUAUCCUCGCUGGAGCAACGUUAUUUUCCAGCCCUAUUGUGUGAAAUUUAUUUCACACUCUACUAUCCGGAUAACAAGACGGAAUUCCUUAAACAAAUCAUUCACAAACAAGUUAAUCAAUUUUUGGAUAAUCAACAAUUCACCUAUCUAUUGCCAUUGGUGAAAUGUUUGAAUUUAAUCAACAGUUAUGGUGAGACUCAAUCCACAAAACCUUUAAAUUUCGGUGAAAUAACUGCUCCCGUUCUACUGAUGGCGGCCCAAAUUAUGGACAAGGCUAGAUGGGAUUUGAUAACCUACACCGAUGUCCGAGAUGAAAUCGUACGAGAGUGUAUACAGUUUAUACAGAAGACGUCAAAGAAAUUUCUACCGAAUGCAACGGAGAAGGAUCGCAAAUGGAUAACCAAAGUUAUCAAAGAUUCAUACAAACCAUUGACUCAGUACUAUUUUCAAAAAUAUUCCAUGACCCCAGAUCAAAUACCCAUCGAAUUUGAUCGGUUUCUAAUUCGACUCGAUAUCGAAGAUAAAUCGGAGGCUGAAAUGUUUCUCAUUAUUAAUUACGUUCGAUGUACCAUGAAAGAAACCGAAUGGCUGGCACGCAGCGAACGCCUACUGCCACACAUCUCCGAUGUCAUGAUAAUACUAUGUGGUGUGGUCAAUGAAACCGAAAAUCCAAAUGCCAUCAACAAUUAUCGCCAUUGUUUGGCAAACUAUGCCAAUAUUGUUCAAAGAUUUCUGCUACCACAAAUCGAAGACGACAAUAAGGCAAUCGAAAAGUUAGAGAUUAAAGUAUUGAAAAUUAUCUCCUCAGCACCGGAACAAAUCUAUGAAGAGACCUUCAUGAGUUUCGAAUCGUUGCUAUUGGAUAUUGUACGAAAGUGUGGGCGACCCUUGGAGGAAAAUAUAUCUAAGAAUAUCCAGAAAUAUGUCGAUACCAUGAAGGAGUGUAGUGCCAGGCAAAUAUUUACGGAUAAACUUAAGGCAUUGGUCACGGAAAUGUCUUAAACGAGAAUACGAACGAGUUUGGAAAUGAUACUACAACAAUUAGGGUAUAUUACCAUAUAUGUAGAGUUCCAGUUCCUUGAAAUAAGUAUUUAUUUGUUUGUGAUUUCUUCUCUUCAGAUUUAGAUUUUUACACCAUCUCUCACACAUGUAAUCGAAAUAGUAUUAGGGUACUUUUAAUAAAAGUAUUGAAUUUUUUGCUUGUUUUUGUUAUAUUCUCAACAAUAUCUAUAACAGAA